CACUGCUGUACUCGAGAAGAGUGGCUUUAAAUAGUCUCUUCUUAUACAAUCUGACUACUGCCAUAAGCAAAUUUUACGAGAACUUUGAAGUCUUUCGUCAUGGCCUCGAGGAUUGCCUUCGCCAGUCUCUUCAUGGUGGUUUUCGCCAUCGGAGUCAAAGCCUCUGAUCCCGAGCUCACCAGCGACUACACGGCGCCCUUAGCCGGUAUUGAUGGCACCUACUUCAAGUCCACCGUGCUGAAAGGCGUUCCCGUAACAUCAGCCAGAUUCGCUACUGUCACUGGACUUAACCAGAAUAACUUCCCUGCUCUCGUCGGAUUGGGGGUCUCGUCUGCACUGCUGCAGUUUCCUCCUGGAAGCAUCAACCCGGUUCACUACCACCCACGCGCUUCCGAGGUCUUCUACGUUCUCCAAGGUUGUCUUGACGUCGGUUUCGUGGACACCAUGAACAAGCUCUUCACCGCCACCAUUUGCGAAGGUGAAUCUUUCGUCUUCCCCAAGGCGAUGACUCACUUCCAGAUCAACAGAGGACUUGUCACGGCCAAGGGAAUUGUCGCGUUCAGUAGUUCCAACCCUGGUACCAGCAGAUUGCCAAAUGUUCUCUUCAAAUCGGGAAUUCCCGAUGAUGUUCUCAUGCAGUCCUUCGGAGCGGGAAAGCUCACCAUCAACCUGUUAAAAUUUGGCAUCGUGAACUAAUUGAGUUCAUAGAAGAUGUUUCUUUGGAUCAAUUUCAGGAAGAAUAUUCUUUAUAGCAAAUCUGUAGUCGUCUGAGGUUUAAUAAGACUUUGCUAGCGAUGUCUGUUUUUGGUCUUGCGAACAACGUAUAGUUGAGCCUUUCUAAAUAGUAUAUAUUUCAGUCCUGUCAUGUUUAAGACCAGUGCAUAAGUCUCUCUUAAAAGCUAGAAGAGUCCUCCAGUCGAUCGAUGAAAUUUGCUCGAGAGUUAGGAAGUCUGCAGAUUUGAUAUAGAGGUAAGCCUACCGUAUACAGAUUCCAGACUGUUUUGCCCGUAAGAUGAAUAAAGCGUAAAGAUUCUUAACGGCCUUGACUCGUAGUCAAGAAAUUGAUUGUAUCAGGCGACAGUAAAAC